UAUAACUGCAAUUGAUAUUGAUUAUACAUUGAUUAUUGUUCAUUUCAUACUUGUUUUACUUACUCUCAACUUUAAUAUUCUAAAAAAUAAAAAAAAAUUAAACAAGAAAAAUUUUUCCUUUUUUUUUCAUUUCUCAUUUUUUCUUGUUGUCGUUCUUGUUCUCAUUGUUGUUAUGCUUGUUUUUGUUGUUUUCCUCAUUUUCCUUAAAAAGUACAAAGGAAUCAUAUAAAAAUUGAAAAUAUGAUCAAAAGCAUUUUCGAGCCCUUCAGACGAACACAACAACUCUCGCAUGGGUUGAAAAAUUUAAAAAAAUAAUCUUGAACAGAAUUUUAGAAAAAAUUUUUUUUUUAAAAAUUAAUUAAAAAAGAAAUAAUAAUUUUUAAAAUAAUUCCUCUUCAUAAAAUAAUAUUAAUAAUAAAUUUGAGAAAAUUUUAAAAUAAAUAAAAUAUUAAUCCUGAAAUUCUGAAUAUAUCUGGGAGAAAAUUGUAAAUGUUAUACAAUUAUAUGAGUUCUGGUAUUGGUGAUCCGUCUGUUUACCAUGCUUUGGUUGUGAUAUUUUUAGAAUUUUUUGCAUGGGGUCUAUUAACUAUGCCAGUUAUAUCUGUUUUAAAUCAAACAUUUCCAGAUCAUACAUUUUUAAUGAAUGGUCUUGUUAUGGGUAUUAAAGGUAUACUAUCAUUUUUAAGUGCACCAUUGAUUGGUGCUUUAUCCGAUAUAUGGGGUAGAAAAUUCUUUUUAUUAAUAACAGUAUUUUUUACCUGUGCCCCAAUACCAUUAAUGACAAUGAAUACAUGGUGGUUUUUUGCAAUGAUCUCAAUAAGUGGUGUAUUUGCUGUUACAUUUUCAGUUGUAUUUGCAUAUGUAGCUGAUGUAACAACAAUUGAAGAUAGAUCUCGAGCAUAUGGUUUAGUAUCAGCAACAUUUGCAGCUAGUUUGGUUAUAUCACCUGCAUUAGGUGCAACAUUAAUGGAAAUGUAUAGUGAUACAUUAGUAGUUGCAUUAGCAACUGCUAUUGCUGUAUUAGAUGUAUUCUUUAUAUUAGUUGCUGUACCAGAAAGUUUACCAGAAAAAGUUAGACCUAGUUCAUGGGGUGCACCUAUUAGUUGGGAACAGGCAGAUCCUUUUGCGGCUUUAAGAAAAGUCGGAAGUGAUCAUACAAUUUUAAUGCAAUGUGUAACAGUAUUUUUAUCAUAUUUACCAGAGGCUGGACAAUAUUCAUGUAUAUUUGUUUAUUUGAAAUUGAAAAUGGGCUUUAAUUCAAUUGAGGUGUCAAUUUUCAUAGCAAUUAUUGGAAUAUUGAGUAUUCUAAUACAAAUAACUCUAGGAUUUUUAAUGAAGUCGCUUGGUGCAAAACGUACAAUAAUUAUAGGUUUAAUAUUUGAAAUGAUGCAAUUACUGUGGUAUGGUUUCGGAAGUCAAAGAUGGAUGAUGUGGGCCGCUGGUAUAUUAGCUGCUUUAGGUUCAAUUACUUAUCCAGCUAUUAGUGCUUUUGUUUCAAUACAUUCUUUAGCAGACAGACAAGGUGUUGUACAAGGUAUGGUAACUGGUAUGCGUGGUUUAUGUAAUGGUUUAGGACCAGCUAUGUUUGGUGUGAUAUUUUAUUUAUUCCAUGUUGAUUUAAAUGAUGAACAUAGUAAUAAUAAUAUUGGUAUUGGUAAUCAUUCACCAAUUGAUAAGGCAAUAAGAACAAAUAAUACAUUACAUCCAGAUUUAUAUGCACAAUUUGCACCAGGUCCACCAUUUGUAUUUGGUGCAUUUAUGGUUAUAUGUGCUAUAUUAGUUGCUGUAUUUAUUCCAGAAGGGCCUUCAGAAUUAUCGAUUCGACGUUCAUCAGUUGAUAAAAAACGUGUAUCACUAGAUGUUCAUUAUGAAAUUGAAAGAGGCCGUAAAGUUGCAAGUCCUCUAUCACCGCUUAUGCGAUCUGAUUCAUCAGCGCAACUGUAGUCAUUUGUUUUCUAGUUUUAAAAAUUAUUAAAAAGAAUAAUAAUAAUAAUAAUUAAAAAAUUAAUAUUAAAAAUAUAAAAUCAUAAAUUUAUAAUAUAUUGUGUAUAAAUGUACAUGUAUACUAUUAUAUAUAUAU